UGUGACAAACCUAGUAAACGCGCUCUUGCUGCGCAUGCGUUUGUACCGUGGACCAGGAAAUGCAUUCGAUCUUACGCAAUAUACGUAUUUAUAUGUCAAUAGUUUAAAUGGCGAGCAAGAUCUACAACCAGGAAGUUAUUUUUCAGUCAGGACUCACAACGAAAGUGGUUACUGUUACACUCGAAAGAUGCCUGACUCCUGUGUGGAUACCUUUAUUAAUUACAGAGAGGAAGGCACAAACAGCUCUGCUGCACCUGUAUCUCAGUACUGGGGUCGAGGGUUCGACUCCCAUCACUUUGACUGUGCCUCUGUUCGUCGGUCUGUCAUCUGACGUCACGGACUACACAUGUGAAACAUUAUUUCAAGAUGGCAGAGAUGAACAAGAAAGUGUUAAUAAUAUAAAGAAAAAUUCAAAUGUGGGAACCUUUUCUGUAGAUGUAUCUCAUCAUCCCCCUUCUACAUACACUGUGAAAGACCUGUACUCGGGUGUUUUCGACAAUGAACCCUCGAGGCCAUUCAGUCAAAUCAGUCAGACCAGAAGUGUAGCAUUAGAGGACCCGACGUUUUUCAUUCAAAGGGGUCUGCGGAAGUUGUGUCUCUCUGCUACAAAGACAUCUAGUGGACUCAUACAUGCUCCACUGGAAAGUGAAUUCAAUAAAGCUGGCAGGAAAUUUCUACCGCAUAUAUGUCUUGUUUUUCUAAAAGAUACCGAAACAGGAAUUAUUUCUCUAUUUUCAACCAUGGAUUCUGAAUUGACUAUCCCUUUUCAACUUCGGCCUGUGUGUGAUUAUGAAUUGCUGGUAAUAAGAGGAUAUGAGCCAAAGAGAUGCUUGUUUAUUAUUAAUGCUGUGGCUUUUUGUUCAUUUAAAUCAUACAUGACACAGAAUGAACUGUAUUUGCUGUAUGGAAAAGCCUGUACCCAUUCAUUAUCUCCCGGACCAGGGCCACCCUAUGACUUUUACCCUGUCACGCACCUAUAUCGUAGUAAACCAAUUCUACAUUUCCUAAACAUAUUUAACAACACUGGCGGUAUCAUGUACAAAUACAUCAAGAAUUUUGGAGGAGACCCAGCAUCAACACUGAACAGGAAGCUUCACGGCCUGUUCUUCAGUGCUAGUGUGGACCCCCUCACUGGCCAGCCCCCGGCUGUAUCUUACUACGGGGACCAGAGAAUCCACAUCCCCGUCGGUUUUAUGAUUAACCAAAGCACGAAUUUGUAUUUCGCAGACUUUUAUUGUCAUUACGUCAACCAUCACGUGACAUUAGUUAUUACAUUGAAAGGAAGCGAAGCUGACGCAUUUUGUCUACCAAGACUCCUGGCCUUAAACCCUGCGUAUAACGAGUUUCUGUACCGCCGUCCACAUGAACAACAUGCCAUGGUGAAUACUAAAGUCACAGUGGAAGUGUUUUAUACUGAAAGCAUUGAUAUAGUCGAAUUUUUACGGUCAAAACUAGCAUAUUUAAGUUCAGUAAAACAAUCAGGUAAUGCUGCAUUAAAAACAGUUAUUGGUCUUCCGAAAAGAAAAGAUUGUAAAAUUUGCAAUAUUAAGGAGCCUUCAUGAAUUUUUUGUUUUAUUCAUUGAUAUUUUUUAAAGUAAAAAUAGUAUCUGCUCUCAGAAAUGCUAUGUUUUCUUGCAUAAAAGAUUUUCGGAUGUAUUAUAUUGCGAUAUUUAUUUCAGAUGUUUAUAAAACCAUUCGUUUUAAA